GCAAGAAUAUCUCAGGGCAAGCGGUGUUGGAGCUUUUCAGAGACGCACAAAAAAAAAGGGGCUCGGGGACACUCUGUGAUCGUGGGACAAUAUUCAGACAGCCAACAAGAAAACCUGUUCGCUACACCCACCACAUUCUUCGCUUUCUCUCACAUUGUAUCGUCCCAAACCCCAUCUGGUCAUCUCCCAUCUCUGUCUCUCUCCUUUCAAUCUUGCGUAAAAGCCAGUCGCAUCUCUGGUUCCCACUCUGCCUUCGAUAGAACAAGUUACCGACUCCACAUGGAUCAUGCUUUUUGAGAUCUUGAUUAUUUGGAUAUAUAAGACAUCCCAUUUUGACUAGAUGGGGAUGUCCUUUUGUCCAUUCUCUGACCCUGAUGAUGUCGAUAGUCGCUUUGAAGCUAUUCUUCUAAGAUCAAUCAGUUUUGGGGGUGAAGAUGUAAGAAAUCCAUUGCGAUCAGUCAGUUUCAAUGGCCGUGAUUCAGAACCCACCAUGAUAAAAUCAUACGGAUUGAGAAAGAUGGUGUUCGAGGGAUCACUUAGCUUUGAAAGGAGAGGGUUAGAGACCAUGAGCUCUAGUACUAAAGAUGUUGGAGACCAAUUGCCAAGAUCAGAUAGCUUGUCUGAGGAAAAACACCAAUCACCAUUGACAGAUCCAAAGAAGCAUAGGUGCCAGGCUGCAUUGAAGUUGCAGAAAGUGUACAAGAGUUUCCGAACAAGGAGACAGCUUGCAGAUUGUGCAGUUCUUGUGGAGCAGAGAUGGUGGAAGCUACUUGAUUUUGCAGAACUGAAGCGGAGCUCUAUAUCAUUUUUUGACAUCGAGAAACCUGAAACUGCUUCUUCACGUUGGUCAAGGGCAAGAACUAGAGCUGCUAAGGUCGGGAAAGGCUUAUCAAAGGAUGAAAAGGCUCGUAAACUUGCUUUACAACAUUGGCUCGAGGCUAUUGAUCCUCGCCAUCGCUAUGGCCAUAACCUUCAAUUUUAUUAUGUGACAUGGCUCCAGUGUGAGAGCACGCAGCCCUUCUUCUACUGGCUCGAUAUAGGAGAGGGAAAAGAAGUCAAUCUUCUUGAUAGAUGUCCUCGAUCCAAGCUUCAGCAGCAAUGUAUCAAAUACCUUGGUCCGGCAGAAAGGAAGGCUUAUGAAGUUGUGGUGCAGGACGGCAAAUUUUUCUACAGGCAGAGUGGGAAACUCCUAGAUACAACAGGACCUAAAGAUGCUAAGUGGAUCUUUGUCCUUAGCACAUCCAAGACCUUGUAUGUUGGGCUAAAAAACAAGGGCACAUUUCAACAUUCCAGUUUCUUGGCAGGUGGAGCCACAUUGUCUGCUGGGAGAUUGGUAGUGGAAGAUGGCGCUCUGAAGGUGGUUUGGCCUCACAGUGGGCAUUAUCUACCAACAGAAGAAAAUUUUCAGGAAUUAAUGUUGUUCCUUAAGGAACACAAUGUGGAUCUCAGCAAUGUAAAGAAAAGCCCAAGUGAAGAGGAAGAAGCAGCCCUUACCGAAAAGGCCAAUGGUGUUUGCCUUCGAAGCAAUCCAAUAGAAGAAGAUUUAUCUCAGGAUACUGAACCAAUGAGUGAAUAUAUCUUGGCUCAAAAGAACACUGAAUCCAGAGAUCAGGAUUCUAAUGCUGCUGGAAAUCCAGAACCAUCCUUGACAAGAUUGUCACGAGAAUUAGGCUCAAAAAUAGCCAGACUUGAAAUCCCAAACCGACAUGUGGCAUUUGACAUUCUUAAGAAGGAUGCACUACAACCAAGUUGCCACACUCACCCUCAUGAUAAUUCUUCAGAAGAAGGCUAUGAGACAGCAGAAGAAACGUUUUUAUCAGAGAGAGAUUUCAUGGUUCCUAAAUUGAACUUGUUUGACGAAGAUCAAGAAGAAGAUGAUGAACAGCCUAUUCCAGAGGAAAAAAUUAUGAAAAGGAUAGAUUCGCAUAAAGGAAUGAAGUCAUAUCAGUUGGCUAAGCAAUUAUCCAGUAGGUGGGCAACCGGAGCCGGGCCACGUAUUGGUUGCAUGAGAGACUAUCCUUCGGAGCUUCAGUUCCGGGUUUUAGAGCAAGCCAACUUGUCUCCAAGAUCAAGAGGCGUUAAUGCAUGCCCCCGGACCUUGUCCCACUUGAGCCCAAGGGUUCUUACUUCAACUUCUUUGUGUAGAGAGACAACUGCAGACAGAAGUUCCCUUGCUCCAGAGCAUGUGAUAACGUCCAGAACAUCAACACCAUUGACGGACUAAAUUUAGAUGAAGU